CGCCCUCCCUGUGUCUGUCUUCUCAUCUCCCCAGUUAAAUCUAAGUUACUGUCUCUUAAUUUUUCCACGUCUGAGUAACUUCAUCAUCCUCUUCCUAUGAGCUGCGGCACCAUCUAAUAGACUCUCUAGGUUUUUAUACCUAACUUUGGGAUUUCCAACCUCUGUCACACUUUAUAAGAUUAAUGAGCUGAGUGCUGUAAACGGUGUUUUUUUUUCAAAGAGCCAUAUUGUAAACGGCGCUGGCCCAGCUCCGAUCACUUGAUGUUAACCGUCAUUACAUCACCCAGAGGAUCGAGGGACGCUCCAUUGUUUGCGCGUAAAACCGGAGCCAGUUGUGGCGAUCUGCCGCCCACACUGCGCACAUGGCGAUCGGGCGCCCUCACGUUUUUCCUCCCCAAAACUGACCCCCCGUUUGGCGCAGACAAUAGCUUGCUGUGAUAUAGCUUCUCUUCGCCACAGCAUUUGGUGGAAAAAUAAUAAUGCUGCUUCCCACAGCCAUCAUAGCCGCCAGGCCUGGGCUUCCUAUUGGCUGCGCUGGGUCACAUGAUCAGGAAUUGGCUGCAAUUUUGUCCCAUAGUUCUUCAGUUUAGCCUCCCCGGGUCCCCAUACGCAAGUAAUAUCACCAAUAUACACAAUUAUUAUAUAGCCACCGCAUUUACGCCAUUGUAGCCCGGAGCCUACAUGCUCGCGCGUUUUUUCAUUUCGUUUUAUUUUUUUACGAAUCCAUAUUGUGCUGCGUGUGCGCGCGAGCCGGCGUGCAUGUGUGCAUGUUUAUUUUUUUAUUUUUUAUUUUGGGGAAGGGAUUGUUCGGGGGGACUCGCCGUGUGAGGGAGAGCCCGGUUAGAGGGAGCUAUGAAUUUUGAAUUUGAGAGGGAGAUCGGUUUUAUAAACAGUCAGCCGUCCCUAGCAGAGUGCCUGACGUCCUUCCCCGCCGUCCUGGAGUCAUUUCAAACUUCAUCAAUCAAGGAACCGACAGUAAUUCCGCCUCCUUUCGAGCACACCAUUCCCAGCCUCAGCCCCUGCACAGCUAGCCAGCCGAGACCGGCUGCUAGGAGCCUGCAGAACCGGAGAACCACUAAUGGCCUCCAGACGCUUCACCGAGGCGCCCAGCAGCCCUGCCCACCCGGCCAGGCCCCUGCCCCGGCGGCUGCUGCCGCGGCCGGUCCGCUGGCCCACGAGUUCCCCUGGAUGAAGGAGAAGAAGUCAUCUAAGAAGUGCCUGAAGCCCGGGGGCAGCUCUAGCAGCGGCGGAUCCAUCAUUCCCCCCACCUCAUCAUCCCCAUCACCGACCGCCUCCGGGUACGCUUCGGCGGGCAUCGAGUCACCCACAGCAGCGGACCAGAGCCAGGCGGGCCUCGACGGUGGAGCAGCCGGGUCCCGACGGCUGCGCACCGCCUACACCAACACGCAGCUGCUGGAGCUGGAGAAAGAGUUCCAUUUUAACAAAUACCUAUGUCGACCCAGGAGGGUGGAGAUCGCGGCCCUCUUAGACCUGACGGAGCGGCAGGUCAAAGUCUGGUUCCAGAACCGACGCAUGAAACACAAGCGCCAGACCACGCAUCACCGGGACGGCGGAGGCCACGAAUCCGGCGACCCCAGCGGCUUCGAGCCGCUCGAAGGCACCGAUGCUUCAUCUCCAUAUUCGAGCCAGCCGCUGGAAGCAUCUGGCACCGGGGAGGCUGCAUCGGAGGGCGAAACGGAGAGCGGCAAUCUGUCUUCGAGCGCAGCUCCCCCCGCCUACGCUAAUGACAGCGGGGACAAUGCGCAGCCCACGCAGGAGGAGGGAGGCCAUUUGAGGGUUGCCGAAUGCCCACCGCUGCUCGGGGCAUCUGGCUCCACCGACGCGGCCGCGGCUCACCGCUCCCCGCCGGCGUUCAGCGCCACGAACUCCUCUGACGAUCCGACCGUGAGGCAGAUGAGCGAGGCAGGGGCUGCGGCGGCGUCGGCGUCGGCCCCCGACAGCUCGUUCUCCGAGCACCGGGACGCCUCCGCCUCGUCCGCCGCCUCCUCCGCGCUCCCGGACCUGAAUUUCUUUGCUGGGGACGCGUGCCUGUCACCGAGCCUGCAGAGCUCUCUGGACAGCCCGGUGGAUUUUUCCGAGGAGGAUUUCGACCUUUUCACAAGCACAUUGUGCACCAUAGAUCUGCAGCACCUAAACUUCUGAGGCGAGGUGUGAAAUAUGACGAUGCAUAAUAAUAAAAAAAAAACAAUAAAAUAAAGGACAAGCGUGUGUGGGUUAACAAUCGAGCGGCAGUCAGCGAGAACUCAAAAUAAAAACUGCUUCUCGGCAACAUUCCUGAAACAUUUCCGAAUGAAAAUCAUGAUGAUUUGGAAAAUAUAUAUUUUUGUCUUGCUGGUUUUAUUUUGCAGCUAUUAUGUAGUUUAAAAAAGACGCGUUUAAUUUAAUUAAAUUAAUUUUUUUAUCUCACACUUGGAGAUUUUUUAACGCUCGUCACGUUAACGGAUUUCGGUUCCUGACCAGUCUGUCUGGUAUUUGUUCGUUGUUGUGGAUCAUUCUCGGUACCAUUAUUAACCUUUUUUUAGAAUGUGUGGAUUUCUUUGCGCUCGUCCAUUUUGGUGCAGCUUCAUGGAUCUUUUAUAACCUCUCAGGAACUGUUCACUUGGUCCGGGUGCAGAAAGCUGGACUGCGUUAGAGUGAACCACGCAUGAGGAGCGGGGAGCCCUGCUGACGACCACAUUUUUGGACUCUAGUUUAUUUAUUGAGAUUCUUUAAUAGUGAAAAUUAAAUUUAUUUAUUGUACAUAUAUUUUCAUAGUGGAAUAAUAAUAAUAAUAAAAAAACAAACGUUUA